GUUCAAAGGGAAUGGGCCGGGCCGUACCGUUUCCCCUCCUCGAUCUCCUCCCACACCGCACAGCCGUCUCUUCCUCUCUCCUUCCCCCCGAGGUCUCCAAGUCGUCCGCCCGCCUCUGACGUCGCCCCGACGUGCCCACCCCGCCUGCCCAAUUGAGGAACCUUUGAAGUCGACGCCCUCGGUAUCUGCUCCGUUACCGCCAGAGCUCUCUCCUCCUUUCUCACACGAGCCUCGAUCCUCUCCGACGUGAGAUAGGCAUCGACGGGGCAUUUAAAGAUAAGGGUUUAUGGAUUAAGUAGAAGAGUAAGGGAUGUAAAGGUAAACUGGCUUUGGCAUUUUUGUUUACUUUCAGGUUUAAACUUUGAAGAACGUUAUUUUGUCUCUCGUAAUUGCUUCAUUGGAAUUACUUGCUAGUUGGAAUUCGUCAGAUGCAGACUUUCCCAGUUUAUGGACGAUUCAUCUUCGUUUAGAAAAUGCUUUCUUUAAAGAGAUUUAACUUUCUUUCUUCACCAUGUUCAACCCAAGCUGUCCUUUCAUUGCUUUCUGGAUUUCACUGCAAAGUGACAGAUACUUCUGUGUAUGGGUCACUGGCUCCAUUAAUUGGCGAGACCAAUAAGCUGUUAGUUUAUUGCACUGAAAGCAAGAUGGAGGCAAUCAGAUUCACGACUUGGGACGACCCUUGUUAUAAACGAUUCUGUACAAUGGCUGAUACUCAUGAACCAUCUCGAUUAGCGUUGGAGCUAGAACAGGCAGUCGAUGAGCAAAGAUUUGAGGAUGCAUGGAUUGCAUAUGAGAAGCAUGUGUGGAUGGUUGGUCUCCCUAGGAAAUCAGUCUUGAGUAAGCUUAUAGUUUGUUUUACUGAGAGCUUUAAUAUCCAUUGGCUAAACAAAGCACACCGUGUAGUUGAACUGGCUUUUGCAGAAAGUAGGCCUGAUUUAUUGGAGAAAGAUGUGCUUAUUUACCUUGCUUUCAUCCUUUCAAGGUCACAGCUGUCUAUUCUUGCAACAAACAUUGUCAGAAAGUUGGUAAAGAUGGAAGCUUUCCCUCCAAUAACAGCUUGGUUGGGUAUCAUUGGCCAUAUGUGCCAAACAUCAACUGGUACUUUGCUUGCUGCUGAGUUAAUUAUGGAGAUUGGAUAUCUGUUCAAAGAUAAUGGGGUUGAUCCUCGUAAUGCUGUUGCCUUUAACAUAAUUUUGACUGGAUGCAUCCUUUUCGGAACUACUAGAAAGGCCGAGCAGCUUCUUGAACUAAUGCCAAUGAUUGGGAUGAAGCCUAAUUUAAACUUGCUUAUUGUGAUGGCUCAGAUAUACGAGAAGAAUGGGCGUAGAGAUGAACUAAUAAAACUAAAGAGGCAUGUUGAUGAGUCCAUUGGUCUUCGCGAUGUGGAAUUUCUACAGUUCUAUAAUUGCUUACUUUCCUGUCUUUUGAAGUUUAAGGAUUUCGAUUCAGCUGUGGGCAUGGUUCUGGACAUGCUUGGAAAAGCUAAGGAAGUGAGAGGGUCCUUGGCUUCUCCAAAGUCAUUGUUGCAAAUUGUUGAAGCUGCAAGUUCAUUUCGUUAUGAAAACCCAGGACAUGAAAAAUUGAGUUUGGACAAAUUCAAUUUGAUCGAGAACCUGGCUCCACUUUAUUUUGAUUUCACCAAGGAUCAAAGUUUUUCCAGGCUUGAAGCUGAGGCCAAAGAAUCACUUAAUUUGCUUUCAGAAAAGUUACAGGCUAAGGUUGAACUUGUUAAAUCUGAACAGGGCAUUCUUCAGCCUACAGAGAAAAUGUAUGCUAAACUUGUAAAUUCUUUGCUUGAAGCUGACAAAAUUAGUGGAUUGGCGUCUUUUCUAAUCAAAGCAAGCAAGGAAGGUGCCCCUGUUUUUCUUGAAAAAUCUGCUGCUGUUCAAGUAAUAAAUUCUUGCAUUUCAAAUGGUUUACUAAAACAGGCACAUGAGCUACUGGAUGAGAUGAGAUUUUCUGGAAUUAGAGUAGGCUCUUCUAUGUAUUCUUCUCUCCUAAAAGCUUACUGUAAGAUCAAUCGACAUGCUGAAGCACUGACACUUCUAAAUGAUGCCCGUCAAGCAGGAAUUCAACUUGAUUCAAGCUGCUUUGAUGCUCUAAUCCAAUCAUGGACACAUCAGGAUAACUCGGGUGAUGCUUUGCACAUAUUUAAGGAGAUGAAAAAGUCCAACAUUUCAAGAUCCACCCAUGGGAGUUUUGAAACUUUGGUUGAAGGUUGUACCAGAGGUGGUGAAGCAGGCCAGAUGGUUAAGCUUUUAGAGGAAAUAAAGGACAUUCAGAAUGUAGACAGUGGUAUUCAUGAUUGGAACAGUGUGAUUCAUUUUUUCUGCAAGAAAAGGUUGAUUGGUGAUGCCCAAAAAGCUCUAAACAAGAUGAAAGCUUUAGGCCAUAUGCCAAAUGCUCAGACUUACCAUUCUUUGGUUACUGCUUAUGCUGCAAUAGGUGGGAAAUAUAGUGAAGUAACUGAUUUAUGGGGUGAAAUGAAAAUUCUUGCAAAUUCAAAGUUGAUGAAAUUUGACCAAGAGCUAUUAGAUUCAUUACUGUAUUGCUUUGUUAGGGGUGGCUUUUUCGUUCGAGCCAUGGAAGUCGUCGAGGUGAUGGAGCGAGAUCAGAUGUUCGUAGACAAGUACAAAUAUAGGUCUCUUUGGUUGAAGUAUCAUAGGACUUUGUACAAGGGAAAAGCCCCGAAGGUACAGACACAAGCUCAGCUGAAAAGAAGAGAAUCAACUUUGGCUUUCAAGAAAUGGAUUGCCUUAACAUAAGAUUAGAGCGCCUGCUCCUGUUCAGGUGAUUUUCAACUUGUCAUCUCAGCUUAUUGCAACACAAGUUUCUUCAAGAUAAAUGACAACUAUGGAAUAAUUGCAUGCACUAUGGAAGUAUAUUUUUUUUGUUAGUCUUACCCUACAAAAAAAAAUGUCCGAUUUGCUAUGAAUUGUUUUCCAUCGCAGAUAAGUUGUAGCAAAAUUUAACGACAAAAUAAAAUAGAAAUU